AUGCGCACAUAUGUGCCCAGUUGCAAUGUUCGCGUAAACCCUUGCAGGUCGAGAGUGAUGUCAAGUCACGAGAUUGAUGAGAAGCCUGUUUUUCCAUCUACUGUGGACUCGCCUGAAGCAGCAGGCGAGCAGCAACAAGCUCACAGAGGGUCACCAAGUGAUGGAUCCAAGCAUGGCUCUCAAGACCAUGUGAAAGAAAGGGAUAGGGAGUAUAGCAGAAGCAGGGACAGGGAAAGAGGUCGUGACAAAGACAGGGACAGGGCAAAGGAUAAGGACCGUGGACAUGAAAGAGAGAGGGAUAGAGAAAGAGAAAGAGAAAGAGACAGGGAUAAGGAAAAAGAUAGGGAAAGGGAUAGAGACAAGGACCGUGAUCGUCAUCACCGGGACAGACAUAGGGACCGAAGUGAGAGAAGGGAGAGAACCAGAGACAGGGAUGAUGAUGAUGACCACUACAAAAGCCGAGAUCAUGACAGGCGAAGGGAUUACGAUAGAGACAGGGAGGAUAGACGCAGUCGCAGAUCUGGAUCUCGAUCAAGGGCUAGAUCUGAGCACAGAUCUAGGUCCAGGUCACGUUCACGUUCACGGUCGAAAAGCAAGAGAAUGAGUGGUUUUGACAUGGCUCCACCUGCUGCAUUGCUUCCCAAUCCCGCCGCUGCUGUUGCAGCAGGUCAGCUGCCUGGGACCACCCCUGUUAUGCCUGGAAUGUUUCCUAAUAUGCUACCUCUGGCAGCUGGACAGUUGGCAGCGCUUCCGAUAAUGCCCGUCCAAGCAAUGACUCAGCAGGCUACAAGACAUGCUCGGCGGGUCUAUGUUGGUGGGCUCUCCGCAACUGCUAAUGAACAGUCCGUGGCUACCUUCUUUAGUCAUGUUAUGUCAGCAAUUGGAGGAAAUACUGCUGGUCCAGGAGAUGCUGUGGUCAAUGUUUAUAUCAACCACGAGAAGAAAUUUGCUUUUGUGGAGAUGCGAUCUGUUGAGGAGGCCAGCAACGCGAUGGCUUUAGACGGCAUUAUGUUCGAGGGUGCACCAGUUAAAGUGAGAAGGCCGAGUGAUUAUAACCCUUCACUGGCAGCAACUCUUGGCCCCAGUAUGCCAAAUCCCAAUCUGAAUCUUGCUGCUGUUGGGCUCACACCAGGAUCUUCUGGUGGGCUUGAAGGCCCAGACCGCAUAUUUGUCGGAGGUUUACCGUAUUAUUUUACGGAAGCACAGGUUAGAGAGCUGCUGGAGUCCUUUGGGCCGCUUAGAGGCUUUGAUCUGGUCAAAGAUAGAGAAACUGGGAACUCCAAGGGCUAUGCGUUUUGCGUUUACCAGGAUCUGUCUGUAACGGACAUUGCUUGUGCAGCUCUCAAUGGUAUAAAGAUGGGAGACAAGACUCUUACUGUCAGACGUGCUAACCAGGGUGUACAACCUAACCCUGAGCAAGAGAGCAGGCUUAUGUUGGCACCUGGCGGGAUUACGCCUGCUACAAAGAUUGUGUGCUUGACCCAAGUGGUGACUGCAGACGAGCUCAAGGAUGAUGAAGACUAUGAGGAUAUAGUAGAGGACAUGAGAAGUGAAUGUGCAAAGUUUGGUUCUUUAGUGAAUGUAAUCAUUCCUCGGCCGUCUACCAAUGGUGACAUGUCCCCUGGUGUAGGAAAGGUAUUCUUGGAGUACUCGGACACUGAGAGUUCUACAAAAGCACGACUAGGGCUUAAUGGAAGGAAAUUCGGUGGAAAUCAAGUCGUUGCUGUUUUCUAUCCUGAGAAUAAGUUCUCUGAAGGAGAUUACAUGUGCAAAGUGCGUAUCAAAAUACAUGGUUUCAAUUGGGUAAGCGUACGGAGUACUAGUUCGUUGAUUGGCAAUAUUGGGCUAAUAGCUGACAAUGGGCGUGAGCCGACUUCUCAGGUCAGGCUACAAGACAUGCUCGGCGGGUUUAUGUUGGUGGGCUCUCCGCAACUGCUAAUGAACAGUCCUUGGCUACCUUCUUUAGUCAUGUUAUGUCAGCAAUUGGAGGAAAUACUGCUGGUCCAGGGUGCACCAGUUAAAGUGAGAAGGCCGAGUGAUUAUAACCCUUCACUGGCAGCAACUCUUGGCCCCAGUAUGCCCAAUCCCAAUCUGAAUCUUGCUGCUGUUGGGCUCACACCAAGAUCUUCUGGUGGGCUUGAAGGCCCAAACCGCAUAUUUGUUAGAGAGCUGCUGGAGACCUUUGGGCCGCUUAGGGGUUUUGAUCUGGUCAAAGAUAGAGAAACUGGGAAGUCAAAGGGCUAUGCGUUUUGCGUUUACCAGGAUAUGUCUGUAACGGACAUUGCUUGUGCAGCUCUCAAUGGUAUGAAGAUGGGAGACAAGAGUCUUACUGUCAGACGCGCUAACCAGGGUGUUCAACCUAACCCUGAGCAAGUGAGCAUGCUACUCCAUGCCCAGCAACAGGUGGCUUUGCAGGCGGAACUCAAGUUGUUGCUGUUUUCUAUCCUGAGAAUAAGUUCUCUGAAGAAGAUUACAGUGGCUAGUACCCAAGCAGUGGUCCAGCAUCCAGGCUGUUAGUCCACACAAAGUCUUUAGUUGUUUAUUUUUAUUUUUUUUCAAGGACAUAGUUUUGGUUUGUUGAAAGAUUCUGUCUUGACUUUUAUGUGCGCUGAUGGAUUGCUGAUGGAUUUAAUCACUUUGAUAAGGCAUCAUGAAUUUGAAAAACCGAAUGUUCCUUACUAUGAAACAACCCCUGCAUUUUGGAUUUUGUUUCCGUGUGCAAGAAAUUCCGGCACAAUCUUGCCCAG